AUGUUCCGCGUGACGGACGGCGGCUCCUUUGACAUCGACGCCGUCAUGUACGCCACGACGGUGGCCCCGCUGCAUGACGUGGAGGAGACGACGCGGAUCCACUACCAUGGGCCCCUCAUCGUGAUGCGUGAGAACACGACGACAACUGUGGUGAACGAGUGGCGGCGGGCGAACGAGGGCAGCCAAACGUACACUGCCCCCACCGCAGCGGAGACGAAGCACGGGCUACCGGCUGAGGUCACAGUGUGCUUUGACAACUCCUUUUCGCGUGUGUCGCCGAAGUGGCUGUUGUUUCAGUUUCUGAAACGCGACCUGAUUGAGCUGGACCCCGAGACCACCGCCCGGACGGAGGCGGCGGUUGAAAAGACGCUGUACAAGCACGGCACGGUGCUGUUCGAGCUGGCCACCGUGACAGAGCAGAUGCGGCAAAUGAGGGAGCUGGACCGCGUGCGGCACGCGUCCCUUGUCCACAUCAUCACGGGUGGCUUGGUGGGGAACAUUCUGAUCCUCGCGAUCAUGGCGGCGUACCAAUAUCUCACCCUCACCCGCUUCCUCGCCCACCGUCGUGCAAAGUAG